AUGGCGGCGUCGUCGUGGGUUCAAUCGCUGCUGAAUCCAUCGAAGAACUGGUUGGCCGCUCAGCACAAAAAGGCCCUCUCAACUCGCCUCCGCAAAUACGGGUUGAGAAUCGAUGAUCUGUACGAUCCAAUGGAAGAUUUGGACAUAAAGGAAGCUCUGAGACGCCUUCCUCGUGAAAUCGUUGACGCUCGAAAUCAGCGUCUCAAGCGUGCCAUGGAUCUCUCCAUGAAGCACGAGUACCUCCCAGAAAACCUCCAGGCAAUGCAGACACCAUUUAGGAGCUAUCUUCAGGAUAUGCUAGCUCUGGUAAAGAAGGAGAGAGCAGAACGCGAAGCAUUAGGGGCAUUGCCCGUCUAUCAACGCUCAAUUCCAUAAUUUUGAUAGUUUCUCUGCUGCAGCCAUUUUCGAUGAAUUAUCAUAUGUUAAAGCCUUCUAUUUGACACAUUGUUAUGGCAUGGCUUCCCCUUUGUCCUUAAUAAUUGUGAAUGCAUCUUGGGUAAUAAAGUAAUAUGGCUCAAGAAAAUUUAGUUUUGAUAUUACUAGCUGCAUUAUUGCUUGUCCUAAACUAUACUGUGAAAUUUCACUUUUUUUAUCACAUUAUGGUUCUCUGACUUUAGAUGGCAAGUAAGGGUUUCAUGAUUUGUUAAAUGAUUGGGGUGUUGAUGUCACAAACUGUAAGUAACAUGUUUCUGUUUUUCCUAAUCUGCAUCAGGCUUUCUAUUGAUAAAUACCUAUGAUGAAAUGCGUUCUUUCAGUUAUUCUAUCCCAGUGACAAGAGAACCAUGGUUCUAUCCCCAUUGACAAUAGAACUGUGGUUCUGUCACCGUGUCAAAGUAUCAGUUUCUACCAUUUGAACUAUCUGGGCGGCGUAAAUGAAACCUGAGGUUGCUAUCUUUAGGCUUUUUGAGAUGUAAAUAACCUGCUUGUGAAUUCGAGAUGUGAUUCCAAAUUUUUUUUUUUUUUGACAGGAAGGGCUAUCCUCUUUGUGCAGCACAUGAACCAAAAGCCCUCAGCAGAUUACUUUUGUGAGGUGGUUGUGCCAGGCAGAUUGCUGUUAUAGCUUCAAGCUUGAAUAAAUUUUUGGAACAUCUAAUUUCUCCCCCAACAUGAUGAUCAAUCCAAGUUGUUUGUUGAUCUAUGGGCUUCACAGCAUCUCAGAUAUGGGCUUUACCUAAGUUUGAAACAUGUCAGGAUUAAACCCAAUGGUAUUGUCAAAAUGUACAAGAUUCUGGUGCUAUAAAUUUUUUUUUCUGUACCACACGAAAAAUCAAAAAAUAAUUACUAAUUUUGAAUGUAUAAUUUUUUUUAUAGUUAUUGAUUGUGAA